AUGGCGACUUCUUCUGUUUCUACUGACAAGGAAGGAAUCGAUACUGUGUUCACGGGAAGUUCAAGUUCCCGUAGUGUCGUGGAAGACAUACAGGCUUUUGAUAUGGAAAAUGGUGCGGCGGUAAAGGAAGGUGAGGACGGCAACGCCGGGUUUCCUGACAUUGCUCUAACUAGAAAGGAUUCAAUCGCUUCCGCUGCUCAGUCUAAAGUCGGUUCAAAUAGACAAUUGUCGAGAAUCCUUACUGGUUCCAACCCAGUCGGUGUUGAUGACGAGGACAACGAUAUUUCUGAGCCAGAUUAUACCGAUGUCCCUGCUAUGGGUGGUGACAGACCAUACCCCCCACCAUUACCAAAACAGGACUUAUUCGAAGUCACUUUCGACGGUCCUGAUGAUCCAAUACAUCCAUUCAACUGGCCGCUUAGGAAAAAAGUUAUUCUAUGUGUCAUUUUAUGUUUAGAUUGUAUUGCCAUCUCAAUGGGUUCCUCGAUUUUCGGUAAUGGUAUUGCACAACUUAGAGAGGAAUACGGUAUCGCUACCGUUGUUGGUAUCUUAGGUGUCACCUUAUAUGUCUUAGGUUUUGCUGCUUCUCCUGUCAUUUAUGCGCCAUUAUCUGAAAUCUACGGUAGAAAGGGUGUCAUCAUUAUCUCAGCUUUUGGGUUUUCCAUUUUCCAAUUUGCAGUCGCAACCGCUGAAAAUCUGCAGACCAUCUUUAUCUGUAGAUUCUUCGGUGGUCUAAUUGGCGCCGCUCCAAUGGCCGUCGUCCCGGCUGCGUUUGCCGACAUGUUUGACAACAACAUGAGAGGUAAAGCCAUUUCCUUGUUCUCUUUAGGUGUGUUCGUCGGCCCCGUGUUGGGUCCAGUCAUCGGCUCUUACAUUGUCCAACACACUACUUGGAGAUGGUUGGAAUACGUAAUCGGUUGUUUUUCGGCAUUGAUUUUUGUUUUGAUUUGUAUCUUCAUGGAAGAAACUCAUCACCCAACCAUUUUGGUCAACAAAGCUAUAAUGAUGAGAAAAAAGACCAACAACUGGGGUAUCCAUGCUGCUCACGAAACCGUUGAGUUGUCUAUCAGGGAUAUUGUUCAAAACACAAUCACCAGACCAAUUAUCAUGCUGGCAACCGAGCCUGUUUUAUUAAUUAUCACCAUUUACAACUCUUUUGUUUACGGUAUUCUGUAUUUGAUGUUAGAAGCUUAUCCAAUUGUUUUUGUUGAAGGGUACGGAUUUUUAGUUAAUGGUGAAUUGCCAUACAUUGCUUUAAUUGUUGGUAUUUUAAUCUGUACUGUCUUCUUGUGGAAGUUUGAAGAGUACUACUUAAAGAAAUGUAGAGAGGCAGGUGGUUUAGUUCCUGAAAUCAGAUUAUACCCAAUCAUCUAUUCGGGUGUUGUUUUCGCUAUCGGUAUUUUAUGGUUCUGCUGGACUGGUUACUAUCCAAAGAAGAUCCACUUCAUGGUUCCAACCGUUGCCGGUGCUUUCAUUGGUUUCGGUUUGUUUGGUAUUUUCUUACCAUGUUUGAACUACAUCAUUGAAUCUUACUUAUUUGUCGCUGCUUCUGCCGUUGCUGCUAACACAUUUUUGAGAUCUGGGUUUGGUGCUGUCUUCCCACUGUUCACCAACUACAUGUUCCACGGCAUGGGUGUCGGUUGGGCUGGUUUAUUGCUGGGUCUAUUUGCCUUCGCCAUGGUUCCCGUUCCAAUUUUCCUAGUGAAGUACGGUAAAAGAAUUAGAGUCAAAUCCAAGUAUGCAUACUCUGGUUAG